AUGAGCCAAAACCAAGGAGGCGUCGCUGGCCAGCCCAGACUCGAUCAAGCGUACGAGACAGCCGGCAACCCCACAGACAAAGCGCCAGUCGAGAAUACCAGAGCCCAGAUCAAUGCUCAGACCAACGAUGAGAAUGCCGUGUAAGUGAGGAGGACCGCAAGAAUCGAAAGACUCUCCAACAGAAGAUGAUGAUGGUGGAACUUAUAUGCCAAAUUAGAGCGCACCGAGACCCCAGCGAGACAGUAAGCUUCGACCAAGCCGUCCCGACAUCAAUGGCCCGAGGCAUCCGCGGCGCAGGCCCCGGCGAGGAGACCAAAGGCUACACGCAGGAGAGUCUGGACCGCGAAGAGCUCGAUGCGGACCAGAUGGGUGCUCCAGGAGAGGGGAAAGUCGCCAGUGCCGUGGAGCGUCACCCGGGAGCAGGAGGCAAGCAACCGGGGCUGGAAACGGACCUGGAGCGCAAGAAGGCCGAGCAGGCGCCCAUGCGGCAAGCCGUGCAGGAAGAGCAGCAGCGUGAUUUCGACGUGGGUGGGAUUCUGGGCCAGAGGGGAGGCGCGGCCGAUCCCGUGGGCAAGAACAACUAUCCCAACACGGGCAGUUCGUGA